CGAAAAGCGGCUUGUUCCGGCUUGCCCCUUUACAUCUUUUUAUCCUUGCUCACAAUAUUAAAAUAGUGCCCCCGCGCCACUCUAUAGAACAUUUUACUCCAAAGCAUUUUUGUUAAACUGUCGGAGUGAACAUAACCGUGUCUCAGGCAGAGUAUGCAGGAUGCGUGUGCAGCAGGUCUCCGCCUGUGCAGCCCGGCGGUGAGGCUGAGGCGCAGUUCAGGCACCAUCACCGGCGGAGCGAUACCACCAUCUCCUCUCAGCCCCGGUUCAUCAGACGGAGAGAGUGAGGCUCACUGUACCUGAGAGAACCGUCAUGUACCAUCGAAAGGGGGGCAGAGGAUCAAAACUAGACCAAGGCAGCUAAUGAUUUGAGAUGCAGAGGCAUUUCGCUUCAACGUUAAGAAUUAUCUCCCUGCUGCUGGCUUCUAACAACUGAUGAAGAUUUUUUUUUUAUUCUGAUGCGCUUCUGUGGAUGAAUAUGUGUAUUCUGAUGCUGUGGUGUGCUGCGUGAGUCAUCAUCGGCGAGCGGGAGCUGUUGUCAGGGCUCGUUGACAUGCGUUCCCCCUGAGCUCGGCGGAGCCCCCCUUGGUGGUGUGGUGGAAGGAUGCCAGUGCAGGCGGCCCAGUGGACGGAGUUCCUGUCCUGUCCCAUCUGCUACAAUGAGUUUGACAGCAGCGGCCACCAGCCCAUCAGCCUGGGCUGCUCCCACACGGUGUGUAAGACCUGCCUCCACAAGCUGCACCGCAAGGCCUGCCCCUUCGACCAGACCCCCAUCAGCACUGACAUCGACCUGCUGCCGGUCAACUGUGCCCUGCUGCAGCUGGUUGGAGCUCAGGUCCCAGAUGUGCAACCGGUGAGCCUGAACAGUGCAGCAGAAGUUGAGAACUAUGAGGCGUGCAAGGUGUGCGUUGAAGAGCUGGCUCUCUACCUGAAACCCAUCAGCGGAGCAAAAGAACUGUCACCUUCUGCAGGUGUGGCGACUCUGAGUCCCAGCGUGCUCAGCCGGCCGAUGCAGAGGAAGCUGGUGACCUUGGUGAACUGCCAGCUGGUGGAGGAGGAGGGCCGUGUGCGGGCGGUGCGGGCCGGCCGGUCGCUGGGAGAACGGACCGUAACCGAGCUCAUCCUCCAGCACCAGAACCCCCAGCAGCUCUCUGCCAACCUCUGGGCAGCGGUGAGGGCGCGGGGCUGCCAGUUCCUGGGUCCUGCUAUGCAAGAAGACGCUCUGAAACUAGUUUUACUGGCUCUGGAAGACGGCUCAGCUUUGUCCAGGAAGGUGUUAGUUUUGUUUGUAGUUCAAAAGCUCGAGGCUCGCUUCCCCCAGGCCUCCAAAACCAGCAUAGGGCACGUGGUGCAGCUUCUCUACAGGGCCUCCUGCUUCAAGGUGACUAAGCGGGAUGAAGACUCCUCGCUGAUGCAGCUGAAAGAAGAGUUCCGAACGUACGAGGCUCUCCGGAGAGAACAUGACGCUCAGAUCGUCCACAUCGCCAUGGAGGCGGGACUACGGAUUUCCCCCGAGCAGUGGUCCUCUCUGUUGUACGGAGACUUGGUCCAUAAAUCACAUAUGCAGUCCAUUAUAGACAAGUUGCAGUCUCCGGAGUCGUUUGCAAAGAGCGUUCAGGAACUGACGAUCGUACUUCAGAGGACAGGGGACCCCGCCAACCUCACAAGCCUUAGACCGCACCUAGAGCUGCUCGCCAACAUAGACCACAACCCAGAUGUCCCGGCACCAUCAUGGGAGGAGCUGGAAAGUGUGAUGCUAGCUGUGAAGUUGGUGGUUCAUGGACUUGUGGAAUUCAUACAGAACUUCAGCAAAAAGAGCCAUGACACUCCACAGCCUCAGGCCAACAGCAAGUACAAGACCAGCAUGUGCAGAGACCUCCGUCAGCAGGGAGGCUGUCCCAGAGGAACCAACUGUACUUUUGCACACACACAGGAUGAACUGGAGAAAUUCAGACUGAGAAACAAGAAGAGCAUCAGCGCUGGCCGUGCAUUCCCUUUGUCUCCAGGGGUUAUGGGUAAAACCUUCACCAUGGAGGGCGGCAUCCACGAAGAAUCGUCUGCAGGCGUGGGGCAAGGGCUCCAAGACACAGGGGAGGACAUGGCCUCCCUGACAGAGGGGGUGCCCAGCCUGACUCACCCACAACUGAUCUCCAGAGGGGCUGACAUGAUGGAGGAAAUAAAGAGGGCGGUGCCAAAUGGAUCCAAUGGGGCUAAUGGGUCCAACGGGCUAUCCAGCAGAAACACGGGGUCAACUGAAAAGAAGCUCAUCUCCCCUCCCAGGACUCCGGUCAGCCACUCCUCAGCGUCGUCUCCCUUGACAACAGCAGGGGGGCGGGGUGAUGGUGGCGCUUCUAUGCCCAAACAUGGUCAGUAUGUGCUGCGCGCACCACAUCCUUCUCAGGCGUCAGAGCUGUACUAUCAGGAGCCCCACUCUGCAUAUGACACGCCACAUUAUCAACCAACCUCAGGUUCCUACUACCAAUCCUCUCUCCAUCCUCCUCACAAACCCUGCAUGGCUCGCUUCCUUCGAUCCUCCAACGUCCCAGAAUCCUCUCUCCCGCCCUCGAUUGGCCCUCCGCCAUCUUCCUACCCAAAUGACCCACAUGCACCACACCCACCUUCCUCCUCCUCUUCGGGCUUCCCUCCCCGAGAUAGGAUGGGACCUCCUGCCUUCCACCACCACCCGGGGCAGCCUCAGUACGGCCCUCUGGCUCCUGCUCACGGUGUUUAUGCUCCGCUCUACGACAGCAGGAGAGUCUGGAGGCCUCAGCUGUACCACAGGGAGGAUGCCAGGAGCAACUCGCUGCCUCCGGAAGUGCUGCAUUCCUCCGUCUACCAGCCUCCACUCAGGGAGAGAUUCAACUCUCUAGACAGCAACUACUGCUCCGGAAGUGAACACCGUGCGGGGCUACACAGGGAUUAUGGCCGCGUUCCUCUCGGUUACGAGGAUUUGUUCAGGAGGAAGCAGGAACAGUGGGCUCACCAUCAUCACCAUCACAACGCCAACAGGCCCUCCCAGUCCUCCCCCAUCUUUACCAUCGAUUUUGGUGCAGAGCAUGUGGAGGGCAGCGGAGGUCAGUGCAUGGGGUGCAGGUUCAGAGGCGAGGAGAGUUUAGCCCACUACUCCCCGUGGUCCUGCGGUACCAUCGGCACCUGCCUCAGCCCCUUUGAGCCUGAAACACUCACACACACAUCGGCUCACUCCUGCUCAGAGCACUCGGAGUUGGACAGUAACGGAGGUGGAGGAGGUGGUGUGAGCAGUAGUGGUGUCGGGAAAAGAUGGCUGCAUUCGUUGGAUCAUUAUCGGCGCAUGAAAGACGAGGACCCGAUCAUUCCCUUUAGUGAGGGGCCCAUUAUCUCAAAGUGGGGGGCCAUAUCCAGGGCAUCUCGCACGGGCUACCACACCACUGACCCCAUCCAAGCCACAGCCUGCCAGGGGAGCGCCAACACCACACCCAUCAACUUUAAAGAUUACAACCACCACCUGGAUCACAGCGACUACAGGUGGAGCUCCAGAGGAUCGGACUCUUCCAGCCACUCCAGUUUCCUAGAGAGCGAGCAGCUUUGUGCAUCAGAUCUUCACUGCCGCCGAACGUCCAUUAGCAGUGGAGAGAAAAUCGCGUCCGACCUUCAGGCACGUCAGUUCGCCUACAGCCGGGAGCGGGGCCGGGCCGAGAGCGAACCGGACCCGGAGCGAGACAUCGAGCUCGAACUCUGCGCUCUAGACAUGGAGGACUCAGAGAUCAAGUCUCAGGACUCUUUAGACCUGGCCGCCCUACAGUCUCAGGAUGCUUCCCACUUCCUCCCUCCACCCUGCUCCUCUCCCCUCCUCUCUUCUCCUGUGGAGGAGCACUCCCAAACAGAAGGUCCUCUGACAGAAAAGAUGGACACUCACCUGCUGAAAAAGAUGGCCUUCAGGAAGUCAUUGUCUCCUGGAGGCUUGGUCUCAGGAGGUCUUGGCGUUGGCAAGCUAGUCCUGCGGACUGGAUCUCCUCGACUGGGGGACCCUUCCACCCGGGCUUGUCCUGAGACACCCGGGACAGAAAUGCUGCUCAAUAGAAGCUAAGGGGACACAAAGUCAGACAUUGAUCUGCGCCAAGCGAGAGCUGAGUGGCUAUCAGAUCCUGGUUAAAGGGAAUACCAUUUAUUUCCAGCUUUCAUCAAUCAUUCGCCUAAAUAAAUGUGUGCUGCGACACAUUGUAAAAGGCAACAGAAAAUCAUCCUGCCCCCUAAGUGGCUAUUAUUGGCAAUAUACAGCUCCAUAAAGAUAUCAAUGUUAUACCCAUGAAGGCACAGAUCCCCUCGCUGUAAUGCUGAACUUUUCCAUGUUUUCAGUUUCAACCACUUUUUCAAAAGGCUGGAGAUCUCACAACAUCUUCAUCUCUUCCUGUACAUUUGUUUGCCUGACACAUAAUUUAGUCUGUUGUCAUUCAACUACGAUUUUUUCAUGAUAUUUCACAGUGUCCGUAACACAGCAAGAGCCACUCUUUUAACUUCAGGAUUUGAUUAUUUGUUAAUGCUUUCCUCUACUUAUUCUAACUUUUUUUACAAGUAGCAUUGAUUAUCAACAAGCACUAAAGUCCCAAUAUUUCUUACAUAUUCUGUUCUUCUCCCAGUAUUGAUGCUGGGUACCAUACAUCAUUUGCUAAAAGUUUUAAUUUAAUAUAUAUUGUUAGUAAUAUAAUUGACUGAAUGUAAAUGCUCUCGAGCUUGUGUCUGUUUCCUCCAAAGCAGGCGUUGGUUCGAGACAUUAUCCAAAGCUAUAUUUAACAAAACAGUAAUUAUUUAUUCCUUUUUGACAACAUGAAUGAAUAUUUGACAAUUAUAUUGAAUUAGUAUUGCUAUCUUUUUACUUUGUAAUGCAUUUAUUUCCAUAAGCCAACGUACAAUACGGAGAAAAGAGGGCACUCCACAAAAAAACUGCCACUUAAACAAGCUCAUUAUUUUAUGAGACACAGGUAUUAAUAUUAAUCACUUGAGGUAAGAAGGGAAGAAAACAAAACAAAUAUGUGUGUCGAUUUGUAUACAGGCCACAUUAACUCACAACAAUCUUGUAAAACAUCUAUUGUUUUUCUCUUUGUGCGUGUAGUGGUUCUAGCAUUUAAUACCACGGAAGUCUCACUGCUCUCCUUCUUCCUCUCACACACACAUUCUCACACAGUAGACACAAACAUGCAUUGCAGUGGCCUUCCUCUCCUUGGUGUUACAUUGGGCUCCACGCUGUCAGACACCUGUCCUGUUUCAGAGGUGCUCCCUUGAUCUCGAUCUAAAAAAACUGGAAAUUCCAAUUUUUUUGUAAGCUCAUGGCAUUUGGUGUGCUUUCCAGUCUGGUCACCUUAACGUACACUGUAAACAAUAUUCAGAGGUCAUGUUAUUAAACUGAAGCUUAUGAAAGUGUGAAACACCACUUCUCGUGUUUCUUCACGCUGUAUCUUUGUUUAACUUUUUAAAAAGUCUUUGGUUUCUUUUAUUUGAUGCAUUGCUAACUUCUGUGAAGUUGUUUGCCGGCGUAUUUUGUAUCAGGAUCUUUGUUACUCUUGUUUUGUUUGCUAUAUUUUACAUCACAAACAGACAAAAUGUAUCGUCUUGUCUGAUGUAUCUCUGUGUUUUGCCUGCCAUUGAAUGCAUUACACUGUCUAGUUUACUGUCAUUUUGUGCAUUGUGGGUGAUUUACAUAAAGCCCAGCCCACCUGGACCCAGCCUACAUAUACAAGAUUUAAAAGUCAUGGGUUUUAUAACACCUUUUUAAAAAUCUUAUAAGAUUUGUAAAGGAAAAGAAGAAUCGUUCCAGUUUCCAAUCCCAUUUUAGAGGAUGGCAGAAUGUCCGUACGUGUCAGGAUUGCUUAUCGAGUUUCAAGUUAAAACUUAAUUAACCUGAGUAGAAAAUAAAAUAGUGGUCUGGUUAACCUUUUGUUUUUUUUCCCGCUUAUCUUCCAACCACACAGCGGGUAGACAGGGAAGAAUUGGAAUGAACAAUUUGGUUUAAUACUCUAAUGAAAAGUCCAAUGUUCUGUAGGCUUUAUUUCUGAGAUGAAGUCCUGAAAUUAGCUCAGCUACUGUCGCUCUGCAUCUGUUUACAACUUCACCUCUGAAGUCAUAUAAGUGCCAUGUCGUGUACAGUACCGUACAAUCCCUGCUAUUUUCCGACAGCUUUUCCUAUCCCUCCAGUGUAAACUAUGUGAGGAGGGAAAGGCUUAGUUGAGAACACUUCUUGUGUAUUUCUGCUUUGUUCCAUAAGAGGAGGCUAGAUCCGUUCUCGUCUGAAUCGCUCAGGGAAGACUUAACUUGCUCAGCUACUUUUGUUUUUUCUAUAUUCAUCGCUUAAAUAUUCUGUGGAAGUAUUAACCUGGAUUUCACUUGCUGAUAAACCAGCCUUCCAUUCAAAGCAUAAGGUUUACAGAUAAUAUUGUUUGCCAGUGUUUACUUUGCAUUUGCCUCUCAGUAUCAAUAUUGGCUUUGCUAUUCCUGCACCCAUGGGCAGGGCUGGGCACUACUGUAAGUAAAAGCAGUAUUGUGAGUAUUGAAGUGAUACACCCCGUUUCCAUCAAAGUGUCCAGAGCACUGCUGUAGUGGUUAUUUGCACUGCCUACCCAUGUACUGCCAGCGGGUGCACUAUGCCCCCCCACCCAACUUUGCCUUCCUCCCACCAAUCCAUCCGCCCUGCAUUCUGCUUCAUGCAUGCGAUAUAGUCCCUCUUGUGAUGGCGGAGGAGUAUUGAUGAUUCUGUAGUUGUGAUACAACACACCCAGCGCUGUAAGAGUUCUGCACAUGCCCACUGUGUGGCCACGUCAAGUGCUGAAGUCUGCUUGCAGCAUUUUACUUGUUUGCUCAUGAAAAUAAAUUCUUGUUUGAUAGAGAUUAUAUUAUGACUAUUAUUGUUAUUACCACAUUUGAUUGGUGUUGUGGUAUUUUUCCUUCCGGGUAUAAGUCAGCUUCUUUGUUUUGAAUUGAGAAUUAGCUGAAGUUUUUUAUUAGAUAAAAAAGUGUCUCAUUAUUCUAUAUUAUAUGGGGGAAAAGCCUGUUUGUUGAUCGUGAGACAUAUGAUGUUUUCUGACUAUUCAUGUCUGUAUUAGACAUUUUAUUUGCAAAUCUAUUGUUCGAUUGAAAUGUAAAUUAACUAUGAGAUGGUACACAUCUGUCAUUGUAUACAGUCUGGCACCAUCAUUAGAUGGACUUAUAUUAUAGACGCUCAUUUAUACGACCUGUGAUAAUCAGAUAUAUUUAAAUGUUUAAAUCUUUGGGGCAGUUGUGUAAUGUUUCAGAAUGAGGAAAAUGUAAACUCCUUAAGAGACAGCAUAUCUUAAAUGUCCCACUAAUAAAUAAUACUGUUACGUAUUCCAUUUAUUUCCUUGGAAAUAUCACAUUGUGAAAGGAAUCCCUUUUACUGACCUUAUGGUAAUGCAGGACUGGAGUUAGUCAAACCUACGAUGAGAAUGAUUUAUGUGCUUUUUAAUGAUCGAUGAAACUGUUUGAGUGUUGUUAACUGACUGAAUAUUCUGUGCAUUUUAUGGCUCGUUCAUCUGUAUUACACUGAAUUACAGACAGCUUGGCCGAGCAGCAUAAGGCUUCUGUGUUGCACUAAGAGAUGGAAAUAUGGAAAGGCACAUUAAAUGCAUGCCACAAUAAACAAACAGAAAAACAUG